AUGGUGAACGGCAGCAUCAUCAAGUGUGAGUUUGUGGUCCCAAAUGUGAACGCUACCAGCACGAGGAACGCUGCGACGAAAAUUGCGACCAUGUUCUCCGUCCUUCUUGGGACUGGAACUUUCACAGGAGGUAAGUCAAGACAGUUAAACACCAGAAGCACAAGAACAAAACUUUAGUAAAAGUACAAGAACUAAUAUUCUAUGUAAUUAUUUUCAUUUUCUGCUUCAAAUAGAAACAAUACUCUCCUCUCUGUUGGCACAUUAUACAUCAUCUGUAGCACUGGUUGAGAUUCAUGAUCAAGAAUAAAAUCAAUCAAAUGUCGAAUCAAUAUCGAAUAUCUCCUCUUGUAUUUUUGGUUAGAUAUGAUUGGUGAUUUUAACGUCAGCCUGGACAGCGGUUUUCUAAACCUCGCCGACCCGGCCAGCAACAUCACCACCACAGAAGCACCCAGCAACAUGACGACAGCGCCCAGCAACAUGACGACAGUUUCAGGAUCCAACAGAGGAGUCGAGCCUCAUGGUAAAUCAUUCACAACAAUGUGUGUCAAAGAUUUGCUAUUUGGUGUCUGAGUUGAGGGCCGUACCUCAAACACUCUUUAUUACUGCUGUCUCAUAAUCCACCUUCAUGAACAGACAUUGUCUAAUAAACGUCUCUUUCCUUCCAGCUGUGCUGCUCGUGCUGAGUGUCCUCACACUUCCUGUCAUGCUCAGAGGCUGAAACGUCUCAUCGGAGGACGCCAUUACCAGUUGAACACAAUGAAGACACUGAUGCGCUGGAUUUACGCACAGAGAAAAACUGAGUGUCAGCCUGAUGUUUGAAAUACUUUUACUGACAUGCUUUAUAUAUAUUAUUUUUGCACUUUAUUCGUACCUGAGAUACACGCUAAUUAACCAGCAUCUGCAGAUACUUCUCAAAAUUUUACUCUUCAUAAUAUCUUCUGCAUGAUGCUGCAGAAGAGGAAAUGUGUAUUUGGUUUUGCACUGUGUAAACAACCUUAAUGAUUAAACUGAAUCUGCUCACAUGUUUAUCUCAGGUGCUGAAAUACUUUAAAAAUCGUGACUCACAUUGAGAAGCUCAUUAACUAUCACACUUGUAUUGGCUUCUUCCUGCUGAGAAAAUGACCGAGUAAUAAAGUUGGCGAGUCGGGGAUCUUUAAUGAUUUAAUGAUUCUUUAAAGUUGGGGUAGGCAGGAAUCUGUUAAAGAAGCAUCUUUUUUGUGGAGUAUACACAAAAAAGCUUUUAAUAUGAGUCAAUAGAUAUUAGUUAUUGAUGACAUUUGGUUAUAUCACAAUAUCGCUGUGAUUUGUGAUGUCUUUGUAGUUAACAUUUUAUCAUUUUUUAAUGGUCCGCUCUUUCUGACUGUAAACAAAGCCGUUCUCCACCUCUCGGACCUGAUUGGUUGUGAGGCAGACGCUGCUCCCUCGUGUUGUGAGGUACGCUCAAAGUCCUCGAAUAACGUGCACGGGCCCAAACAAAGUAAGUUAGUUAGCUGAAUAACGGGCACUUCAAAAGGAGGUAGACCGGACAAGAGCUAAACAGCCGGGUCAACAAUGAUGGGGGACGCUUCAGGAUCUUCCUGACCCUGUAACCUUUCUGCUGGACAGGUAAACCGCUUUAACAAAGUAAGACAAGUGUCUGUAACAGAAGUGUUUCUUGUCAAACGGGACCUGCUGUAGCGUGUUGUAGCGCCGCUAAACUGUCCUCCCUCGGGUCCUGGACUAUGUCACUUUAUCCUAGUUGUAGAAGUCCUGCAAACAUUGUGUUUGCUGGUAGUCUGUUGACAUCUACAGGAGCACCAAUGCUUUUUACUUUCACUUGACUGGGCCCCAUUUGUAAUUAUCUGAAUUUAACUGGAACGAUAUGAGCGAGCAGGAGCGUCUGUUUGUGGGCGGGGCAGAGAGGGAGGGGAGAGGAAAACUGGUUAGGAGGGGUAGAGCUUACAUCCAAGAUUUCUCCCGAAAAACUGGCACUUCCUCAGAUCCUGCCUACCCCACCUUUAAAUGAUGAAACAGACAGGAUUAAGACAGGAUUUUACAACAGAAAAUCAUAAUUAAUAUAAUAAUUACCAAUUAUUACACUUUAAUGUAUCUUAACAAUUUUUCCUGAAGCUCUUUUUUUCAUUGAAACUGAGUGAAUAAAAUGUGAAUAAGUUAAACUAAGAAAUGAGCCAUUCAAUACUGCACAUAUUUUAUUAUGAUGCAACAUAUGUCUUUAGGAAAAAAAAAAACAUCUCAAUCUAUGACAAGAGAUUUAGAUCGAUUUGAAAACAUUACAGUCAUUAAAAAAUAUCUAACAUCAUUCCUAUGUUUAUAAAAACAACUGACUCUGCCUCAUAAAUGUCUCUUUAUGCACAUCAUAAAAAAUCUAACUUUUGCUUAUAAAAUUUUGAUCACAGAUGAUACAUUUUCAUCAUAUCUACUUUGAGAAAAUAUUUUAUCUAACCCUUUGACCUUUGUUUUAAAAAUCUACUGUAUACAGGCUGGAUUUUAGGAAAUAUAAUAGGAAAUGGAAAGAACGGGGGUGUGACAUAUCUGAGCACACACACGAAUAAUUGUGAUUUUUCUACUAUUCCUGUCCACACUAAUGAUAUUUACUUUAAAACUCCUGUGAGGAGACUUUUUGACAUUAAUGUAAUAGACAGAAAUGGAUAUUUAUGCCUUUUUAUGAUAUGAAAGGAUUUUAGGGUGGUCCCUUUGAAGGCUGAUUAGAUUUAAAGAGGGGGUCAUGCCACCCCUUUCCACCCUCUGGACACACUCCUGCAAAGGAAACAAAGAUAAAGCCUACAAACCAUCAUCCUGGUAGGAUUGCCUAAACAAUACUGUGAUUUGCACUGAAAGAAAAUACUCCAUUUAUAAAAGGGACAUUUAGCCCUUUAUGCUAAAGGAGCUAAAAACCACUUUGUACAAUCUGAUCAGUUUAAAUCAAUACUUCUUUAACAAACUAAAAAAACUGUCUUCACUGUACUUCAUUCCCCCAAUCCUUCUGCCUCUCCUUCUCCUUCUCACAAUCUUUCUCCUUUUCCCGCUUCAUGGUUGCUAUGGCGACAGCCUCCUCAAAAUUCAUACUGAGAGGACUGUUUCUGUUAACGUCCCUCAUGAAACUUUCAUCCACAUCCCUCCACCUCUCCCUGUCUCCACCCCUGAGUUCAGGCGUUCCUUCUCCCUCGUCUUCCUCGGCUCCGUCUUUCUCCUGCCCUCUUGAGUAAACUUUUUCCCCCUCUGUUGGGAUUUUCACCGUGUUUUCUCUGUUUUUGUCGGCGUCUUUUCUCUCUCUUUGCUGCUGUCGGAGGGUCAUGGCGGUGAUUUUGCAGUGCUGAGGCUUCGGAGGCACGACAGGCAGUGCUUUCACUUGAUAAAACUUUGGAUUUUUGGAGACGACCAGCUUUCUUCCCACACCUUUGCCUUCUGUCAGGGCCUUUAAAUCAGACCUGACCUCUUUCACAUCCAUACUUUUUAUUCUUAUUUGCUGCUUAUCAGCCCGUAUUUUGCUGCUGCUCUCUUCUUCUUUUCCUCCUGAAGCUUUUCCUUCUCUGUCAUGUUGCUGCGCCUCUUUGCUGACGACACACUUCUCUUUUACUACUUCUUCUAGUUCAGUUGUACUCUGUAAAUUUGCCUCAUUUUCCACUUUAACUCGCGUCUCUUCUGGGUUCAUAAGAAUUUCUUCAGUUUUAACCUCUCUUUCAUUUUGAUCUUCUCCAACUUUUUUAUCCUUUUCACUAGAGACACUUGCUCUUGCAGUUUUCUUCACAUCUUGUGCACCUUCCUCUUCCUCUAUAACCUCACAUGCAACAUCCUCUAAGUCGUCCCAAAUCACACUAUCCUCUUCUUUUCCAUCUUCUUGAAUCUCCCCUUCCUGCUCUUCCUCUUUGUUGUCCAUAGUUUCUUCUACCCUCAGGCUCUCCUCACUUUCUUUUCUUUCCACGGUUAUUUCUUGACAUGUGUCCUCUUUGGAAACCUUGUCCUCUCCCUCAUCACUGUCUCCUCUAUCACAGGAUUGCAGCUCCUCUGUUGCCCUCAUGGAAAAGUCUCUAAUUUCUUCUGAAGGACCAUCAUCAGGUUCUCCUUGAAUGGAACUGUGAGAAUCAUCUAUAGACUCAUGUUUCUCUAUCAUGGCGUCCGGCGUGCUACAUGAUUCGUCAGUAGUCAGCUGGGGGAGCUCAGGGCGGCAGUGUGUGGACUCCUCUGGAGAUACAGGCUGAUCUUCGUCACUUUGAGGGUCUUCCAGAGCAACGUGAUCCUCUUCUGUCUCUUCACUGUGAAAAUCAUCAAAAAAAGAGACAAUUUUAAGAGUGUUUUUGGUCGAUUUUCACAUUUGACCAACAGUUGGUUUUGAGCUUAUUAAAAAACCUUAAUUUUCUUGGUUUAACUUAACAUUGAAGUGAUAUAUGGAGGAUUCAGGGGAUCUUCUUUUUAUUGGUUUAAGCCAAACAUACGAAGAUUAUCUGUUUUUAUUCAAUUUAAGCAAUUUUAAAAACUUUCUUCUGCUGCAACGAGGAGAGAGAAAUCAGUGCUUUCAGGCCAUGGUUACCCUUUUUUGGUAUAACAUAGGGGCAAAUACGAAUGUUUUGAUAAACUUACAUAUAUUAGCUUUACAAAGAGAUUACUUAUUGAUUAAAGUUAUGUAUCAAUCAAAGGUUUGUGAAGAUUAGCUAAGAUGCGCUCCUGUACUGAUAUUAGUCACUGGAAAUAAAGAGAUUAUUUCUUCUGUCUCAUAAAAGUUAUGCAGCCUCACAUUAAACCAUAUAUUGUAAAGCAUGAGUGUCUCAGUGAUGUCAACUGUCGUCUCACUUAGAGGCUGUUAUGAAGCCAAUGAUAGCCGUCAACACUUGGAGUUUAGGACAAAGACUAGCUGCCAAACUCGAUAGCUAACUAUUAGCCUUGAUACACUAAAGCUAGUAAGUUAUUUUUAAAAUAGUCACAGUUGUAACUGUAGUCUGUAGGUACUAUCAUCUUAAUUUUUAUGGUUUUAUAAAUGCAAAAAAACAAAAAGUCUGUUUGUUUAAAAGCUUCUGAAUUCAGUCCAUUAAUAGCUAGCAGAGUAGCGGCGCAAGCUAGCAGUAUGACUCAGCAUAUUUCAGUUUUUCUUAACAGGGUCCUAUUUUGCCUCAUGUUGUUCAAUCUUUAAAUCUUUUUCUAAUUUGUGCUUUGCUACAGUAUAAUGAAGCCUUAAAUCUUCAUUAAUGCCAAAAACAGCUCCGGCUUUAGCUUAUUUUUGGACCAUUUAACCAACUUUCACGCAGCUCAUCACAGCAGCAGUAUUUUGCUCUGUAACUCCUUAACACAGAGAGGUGGUCCGAUCCUUUAAACCUGCUUUGGUUCCUAUUUUUACCACUAGAGGGCAGCACCACUAUGUACAUAGCUAGUGAUGCAACGCACUUUGCUAAUAGGAAACGAUUUUUUUCUGUAGGAUGGUAGGCAAAUGUCCCUGUUAAUAGAUGUAGCACAUACAGAGAAAUAAAUGUACCUUUAGUUUGAGUCGUAUUUUGAAAUUUCAAAAUUUUAGCUCUGGCUG